AUGACUUCAAAAGCUAUGUGGGAGGUCGACCCGGAAACAAGGUCAAAGCUCCUUGAUAUUUCCAAAACCAAUGGUAAUGACAGAUGCAUCGACUGUAAUGCACCGUCUCCUCAAUGGGCUUCCCCAAAAUUCGGCGUUUUCAUCUGCUUAUCAUGCGCCGGUGUUCACCGAGGAUUGGGAGUUCAUAUCAGUUUUGUUAGGAGUAUUACGAUGGAUGCUUUCAAGGCGCAAGAGAUUGAGCGGAUGAGAGAAGGAGGAAACAAAACGUGGAGGGAAUUUUUCGAUCAGGAUGAGCGGAAUGUUAUGAGUGGUAUCACUUGGGACGAUGCAACAAUUGCGGAGCGAUAUUCUGGCGAAGUUGGAGAAGAAUAUAAAGAACGGCUCACGGCAAAAGUCGAGAAACGAGAAUACGUUCCUGUACCUAAAGCACCCGCGUCAAAAUCUACGACUGCCGCUACAUCAAUCUCAAACCACAGUUCCAGCAACUCUCGAUCACAAUCGCAAACUCCUCUUGGGGCACGAAACUCUAGUCCUUCUAACGGAAAAGUAAAGGUUGAUGACAGAUACUUUGCUGGGCUUGGAGCUGCGAACGCAAACCGAUCGGAGGAUUUGCCACCUUCGCAAGGAGGCAAAUAUGCAGGAUUCGGAAGCCAACCAAUUGAGAGAGAAGAUAAUAAUGCUAGAUUACCGGGCUUUGAAGAUUUGCAGAGAGAUCCUGUGGCAGCGCUGACGAAGGGCUUUGGAUGGUUCACAACUACUGUGGGAAAGACAGCAAAGACUGUUAAUGAGGGCUACAUACAACCUACAGCUGCAAAGAUCGCCGAAUCCGAAGUAGCGAAACAAGCGCAACUUACUGCUGCUCAAGUUGCACGGAAUGCGCAAAAUGGAGCCAAGACUGCAGCAGAGGGAUUUAACCGCUUUGUAGAAGGCAGUGGUAGUGGUUCUUCGAGAGAUGUACCGAUUGAUGAGAGUAAGAAAGAUUUUUGGGAUAGUUUUGCAGACGCGGGAGCAAAGAGACAACAUGCACCGAGUGCGUCAAUUGGGACGGCCGCUGUUAAGAGGAAUGGGGGUAGUGGGAAUGGAAGCGGAGUUACAGCAAAGAAGGAUGAUGAUUGGGAGAAGUGGUAG